AUGCGCGAGAUUGUUCACCUUCAGACCGGCCAAUGCGGUAACCAAAUUGGUGCUGCCUUCUGGCAGACCAUCUCUGGCGAGCAUGGCCUCGACGGCUCUGGCGUCUACAAUGGCACCUCCGACCUCCAGCUGGAGCGCAUGAACGUCUACUUCAACGAGGCUUCCAACAACAAGUACGUUCCUCGUGCUGUCCUCGUUGACCUCGAGCCCGGCACCAUGGAUGCCGUCCGCGCCGGCCCCUUCGGCCAGCUCUUCCGCCCCGACAACUUCGUCUUCGGCCAGUCUGGUGCCGGUAACAACUGGGCGAAGGGUCACUACACCGAGGGUGCCGAGCUCGUCGACCAGGUCCUCGACGUCGUCCGUCGCGAGGCCGAGGGCUGCGACUGCCUCCAGGGUUUCCAGAUCACCCACUCCCUGGGUGGUGGUACCGGUGCCGGUAUGGGUACGCUCCUCAUCUCCAAGAUCCGUGAGGAGUUCCCCGACCGCAUGAUGGCCACCUUCUCUGUGGUUCCCUCCCCCAAGGUUUCGGAUACCGUUGUUGAGCCCUACAACGCCACCCUGUCCGUCCACCAGCUUGUUGAGAACUCGGACGAGACCUUCUGUAUUGACAACGAGGCUCUGUAUGAUAUCUGCAUGAGGACCCUCAAGCUCACCCACCCCUCGUACGGUGACCUGAACCACCUCGUCUCGGCCGUCAUGUCCGGCGUCACCACUUGCCUGCGUUUCCCCGGUCAGCUGAACUCUGACCUGCGCAAGUUGGCCGUCAACAUGGUCCCCUUCCCCCGUCUCCACUUCUUCAUGGUCGGCUUCUCUCCUCUGACCAGCCGCGGCGCCCACUCUUUCCGCGCCGUCACUGUUCCCGAGCUCACCCAGCAAAUGUUCGACCCCAAGAACAUGAUGGCUGCCUCUGACUUCCGCAACGGCCGCUACCUCACCUGCUCCGCCAUCUUCCGCGGUAAGGUCUCGAUGAAGGAGGUCGAGGACCAGAUGAGGAACGUUCAGAACAAGAACUCGUCCUACUUCGUUGAGUGGAUCCCCAACAACGUCCAGACGGCGCUCUGCUCCAUUCCUCCCCGUGGUCUCAAGAUGUCCUCCACCUUCGUCGGAAACUCGACCUCGAUCCAGGAGCUCUUCAAGCGUGUCGGUGACCAGUUCACUGCUAUGUUCCGUCGCAAGGCUUUCUUGCAUUGGUACACUGGUGAGGGUAUGGACGAGAUGGAGUUCACUGAGGCUGAGUCCAACAUGAACGAUCUGGUCUCCGAGUACCAGCAGUACCAGGAGGCGUCGGUCAGCGAUGCCGAGGAGGAGUACGACGAGGAGGCUCCUCUCGAGGAGGAGUAG